AUGAAACAAAAUUAACUAUUAUUCUUGCUUAGUUUAACAAUUGUAGUGUUUGCACAAACAGGUAACUCUACAGGAAAUUCAUAAGGAUAGACAUAAGCUGAAAAAUCUAAUCCUUAAGAUUGUACUGAGACCUAAAUAGCUGUAAAUGGAGAAUGCAUAGAAGCUGGAACUUGUGCAUCCAAAUUAAACUAUUUCAAAUAGAAAAAACAAAACUCUGGUGCAGAUUAACUACCAAAUAAACCAGAAUUUGGAUUGACAUUAGAAAAUGGAAAUCUAAAAGUAUCCUUAAAAUUUUAAAACUCAACUGGAUUAGAAACAGCAUUAGAAGUUGCUAAUAGUUGUUUAUCAGUUAGUCUUGUCAGAUUUAAAGUUGGGUUUAUAAAUGAAACGAUAGAUUCAUCUACUUUGACAUCAGUACUAAAUACUGAUAACUCAAGAUCAUGGUUUUUCUUGAUUGAAAAGAGGUAUUCUAUAUAUGAUUAUCAUUAAAUAGUAACUUUGACACCUAUUUGGCUAAGGAUACUUAGACUGAUUUAGUUGUAUAUUAAGGAUUUUAUGCAAUAAAUGUAGAUGCCUCAACAACUUAAUAUACUAAAUAAAUUGUGUCUUUUGCUUUCAAUUUUGUUGCCAAUAUGACAACUGACUUAUCAACAUUAAAUAAUUUUGUAUUCUAACCAAAACUUAGAGGAUAACCAGUAUGUGCUGAUGCUGCAUAAACAAAAUGCGUCUAAUAAGCUGCUUCAAAAUUAGAAUGUUGUGGAAGUGAUUCUACUUGUUAAAACAUUGUAGCUAAUCCAGAAUUAGUAGUAGAUGAAACUAUUUACUUUAAAUAAAGUAUAACAGAAAAUGGAUUCAAUGAUGGAAAAUGGCAUCCUGGAGAUUCUUAAAUAACUGUUACGGCUAAUGGAGUAACUAAACAAGUGAAACCUAAAUUGCAUAAUAAAACAACUGAUGGAACCAUUUAUGAAAUCAAAUUCAAAUUCUUAGCUAAUAAUGUAAUCAUUGCUUCAGAUGCUGUUCUAACUUAAUCAUCUAGUAGAAGAAUCCUUACUGAUGUUUCAGAUGCUUCAGCUGUUGCAUCUACAUCUUCUACAUGUAUUAAAGAAUCUACUGAUGCUUCAUGUCCCACUGAUGCAGAAGUAUAGGCUUAUAAUUCUGAAAAUUGUUCUGGAACUUCAUGUGAUGAUGAGACUUCCUCAUAAAUUAUGAUUUCCAUUAUCUUCUUUGGAUUGAUGAUGUUAUCAAUUUUAUGA